GACCGCGGCGGCGAGCGGGGAAACGAAACCGCCCGGGGCCCGGGGCACGGAGCGGCCGUCGGCCCCGCCUGCCCCGCCGGCACCGCCUCCUCCGGGCCGUCAGCUCCGCGUCCCGCCGUUUCCCCGCCGCACGGCCCGCUGCGCCUUGCCGCCGGCUUGCUUGGCCUGCGGGAGCGGGGCCCCCGCGCCGUCCCCCGGGGGGCUGCGGGGCAGCGGCUGGACGGGGAGCGGCCCGCGGGGUCACACCGGGGAAGGCGAGGCCGGGGGCUCCGGGCAGCCCCCGCGGCUGCGGGGCUGUGCUCUGCUCGGGGGGGGGGGCUGUCCCUCCCGCCGCCCCGGGUGCGCGCCCCCCGCCGGGACCCUUAGCGCGCCGUCGGGUUUGCGUUGUUGAGAGCGCGCAGGAGAGCAGCAAAAAUGAAGAGACGGACAGAACCUGAAUUUAGCAGCCCUCAAAAGAAGCAGAAGAAGAGGAUAGAAGACUUGGGAUUAACCCUCAGUUCUACUUCAGAUGAUGAACCUCAAUUUAGUAAUCAUACGACUCAAGAGUCUUCCAGUAGCAGCAGUGGGUCUGAGAGUGAGAGUGAUGAAAAAAGACCAGUCUUCAACAGUGAGUUCAAACAAGACUCUCUCGUGGAGGGUACUUCGUCUCGCUACUCGAUGUAUAACAGUGUCUCCCAAAAGCUCAUGGCCAAAAUGGGCUUCCGGGAAGGAGAAGGUCUGGGAAAAUAUGGCCAAGGAAGGAAAGAUAUUGUGGAGGCCUCCAAUCAGAAGGGAAGGAGAGGCUUUGGGCUGACCCUCAAAGGAUUUGAUGGGGAGCUCAAUAUUGAUUGGCAGGAUGAGCCAGAGCCCAGUGCCUAUGAGGAGGUAGACUGGUGCCUUGAGUGUACCACGGAAAUCCCUGACGCCCAGGAGCUGAAGGAGUGGAUGACUGUGGGCAAGAGGAAGAUGGUGAUUGAAGAUGAGACUGAGUUCUGCAGUGAAGAGCUUUUGCGUAAUGUCCUGCAGUGCAAGAGUGUAUUUGAUGAGCUGGAUGGAGAAGAAAUGCGUCGUGCCCGAACCAGGUCUAACCCCUAUGAGAUGAUCCGUGGAGUUUUCUUCCUAAACAGGGCUGCAAUGAAGAUGGCAAAUAUGGACCAUGUCUUUGACUACAUGUUUACAAACCCUAAGGACUUUCAGGGGAGGCCCUUGAUAAAGGAGCGGGAUGCUGAGCUGCUCUACUUUGCUGAUGUGUGUGCUGGUCCUGGAGGCUUCUCCGAGUAUGUCUUGUGGAGGCGGAAGUGGCAUGCGAAAGGGUUUGGCAUGACCUUGAAAGGACCAAAUGAUUUUAAACUAGAGGACUUCUAUGCAGCUUCCAGUGAGCUCUUUGAACCUUAUUAUGGAGAAGGAGGGAUUGAUGGAGAUGGAGACAUUACCCGCCCAGAGAACAUUACUGCUUUCCGGAAUUUUGUUUUGGACAAUACUGAUCACAAGGGAGUGCAUUUCUUAAUGGCUGAUGGGGGUUUCUCAGUGGAGGGUCAGGAGAAUCUGCAAGAAAUCCUAAGCAAACAGCUCAUGCUUUGCCAGUUCCUUACAGCACUGUCCAUUGUCCGGACAGGAGGACAUUUUGUCUGCAAAACCUUUGACCUGUUCACUCCAUUUAGUGUGGGACUUGUUUAUCUGCUGUAUUGCUGCUUUGAACGAGUGUGCAUCUUUAAACCUGUGACAAGCCGCCCUGCUAACUCAGAGAGGUAUGUGGUAUGCAAAGGAUUAAAGCUAGGGAUUGAUGACGUGCGGGACUAUCUCUUCAUGGUGAACAUCAGACUCAACCAACUGCGCAACUCUGAUGUGGAUGUGAAUCUUGUUGUCCCAUUGAAUGUGAUCAAAGGCGACCAGGAUUUCUACGAUUACAUUGUCCAGUCCAAUGAAAACCACUGCAAAGUUCAGAUAAAGGCACUAGCCAAAAUCCGUGCCUUUGUUCAAGACACGACACUAGUUGAACCACGGCAGGCUGAAAUCCGAAAGGAGUGUCUCCAGCUGUGGGGGAUUCCUGAUCAGGCUCGUGUUGCUCCUUCAUCUUCAGAUCCCAAGUCCAAGUUCUUUGAGCUGAUCCAGGGCACUGACAUUGAUACCUUCAGUUACAAACCUACUCCUCUGAAUUCCAGCACUCUGGAGAAAAUCCGCCAAGUGUUAGAUUACCGGUGUAUGGUGUCUGGAAGUGAGCAGAAAUUCCUCCUGGGGCUAGGGAAAUCACAGAUCUACACCUGGGAUGGUCGCCAGUCAGAUCGCUGGACAAAGCUGGAUUUGAAAACAGAGCUGCCACGAGAUACCCUUCUAUCUGUGGAGAUUGUUCAUGAGCUGAAAGGAGAGGGGAAAGCCCAGCGAAAAAUCAGUGCCAUCCAUAUCCUUGAUGUCUUGGUGUUGAACGGCAAUGACGUUCGAAACCAGCAUUUCAACCAGAGGAUUCAGCUGGCGGAGAAGUUUGUCAAAGCUGUUUCUAAACCUAGCCGGCCAGACAUGAACCCCAUCCGAGUGAAGGAAGUGUACAGACUGGAGGAAAUGGAGAAGAUUUUUGUGAGGUUAGAGAUGAAAAUUAUCAAGAGCUCAGGGGGAAUGCCCCGGCUAUCCUACACUGGCCGAGAUGACCGGCACUUUGUGCCCACAGGACUCUACAUCGUACGGACUGUGAAUGAUCCCUGGACAAUGGCCUACAGCAAAAACUCUAAGAGAAAGUUCUUCUUCAACAAAAUGACCAAGAAAGCAACAUACGACCUCCCUUCGGAGUCCAUUGCACCCUUUCACAUCUGUCAUUACAGCCGCCUCUUCUGGGAGUGGGGGGAAGGUGUCAAAGUGCAUGACUCUCAGAAGAGGAAAGAUCCAGAGAAGCUGUCAAAGGAAGAUGUCUUGUCUUUCAUCCAAGCACAUUACCCCUAACUCUGCUCUCUUAAGGGGAGCAGGGGGGCUGAGCCCAGCUUGGAUUCUUCAGGGACUGUUGAGACUGGGAAGGUUGUGCAACUUCUAUCCUGGUCUUCUCCAGAGCUGGUUUCCUGGAGGUGAUCUAACCAGGGGGUGGUAUGCAGAAGGCACAGGACAAGGCUCUACGCUGGCAGUGUAUAUUAAGAGUAUGGCCCAGGUAGUGCCUUCUGCCAGGAGUCACCACGGGUACUCCCGGGCCAAGGCCUAAUGCCCUUCUGUCCUGACCUCCUGCAUGCAUGAGGCCAUGGGGCUGGCAGCUUUCUUUGCUCCUCUUCAAACAUUCAGCGAGGUUUGUGGAGCUCUGUGUGUGCCAGAACUCUCCAGGCUUGUGCUUCCCUGGCAGUGUGGGAAGGAGCAGAGAUGUCUUGGUGGCAGAGCUCGGCAGCAGCACAUUGAAGUGGCCCUGUGUUGUUCCUGGCAGCUCUCUCUCUGCCUUGUCCAAGGCCUGUGCUACCCACUGGAGGGUGUUAACUCCUUGGGGAAUACUAGCUCUGGGAUGCAAGUAUGUAUCGUUGGGGUCUUGAACACUUCUGCUUAUCAAGGCACUUAGGAAUUGCCAGUCGCCAGCUGUGUGAUGGUAUCAUGUUGGACAAAGGCCAGCACAGGGGCAGUAGAGUUCCUGGCACAGAUUUGUGAUGUUCUCAGUGCCAGGGCUUUCUCAGACCUCUAGAAGCUGCUGUAACAAGGAUUUUCUUUUUCCAGGUCAGUGACCGAUCCUGAGCUCGCAGCCUGGGGUUUAAUUUGAACGUGUUUGUUCCUCAUGGUACUUCUGAGACCAAGGUGCUUUGAUUCUUGGUAGCUGACAUUAUUCCCCAAAUCUUCAGAGGGGAAAGCAGAUAUGAGAGGGAAGACACAGGAGGGUUGGGAUGCUGGAGUUCUUUGGAGGAAAUGUCUGAUUUAGUAAAAAAAAAUCAAUCAAACCCAAAAACCCAGGGCUUUGGUGAAAAGAGAUCUUGAAUUUGACCAUGUUGGUUAACCAGAAGAAAUCCUGUCCCCUGACUCUGCCUGCUGGAAAGGUUACCAGACUUUCCUUUUUAAAUGUCAGAGUAGACUUUGAAACCCUCCACGCCUCGUUUGGCCCUGGAGCUGCAUCUGAUGUGAAGGCAGAGAGCUGUGAAUCUCUCAGCACGGUAUUUGUGUGUUCACAAGACUUCUCUGUUCACUGCUAUGCUGUGCUGUUGUUUUAUCUUCACUUCUGGCUUCCAUGGCACUUUUGCCAGGUCUUCCACAUAAAUCAGAAGAUAACACACAGCUGACAGUUGACUGCUUUAGGCCAAGCAGCAAAAUUGCCCCUAUUUUUUUUUUUUUUCUUGGCUUGUUUUUAGACACAGAUUGGCAGUAGGAAGGAAACUGAUUUAGGAGUUGUUUGAACUGUGCCUUAAAGAAAGCUAUAGUUUUAGAAUCUAUAGCAGUUUAGAUUUGUUUCUUUCUCUCCACGCCCAUAUGUACAAUUCGAACAAGUUCUAUGUAGCAGGACAUGGACAUUUUCACUUCAGGUAUAUAGGUGCCUGGGUUUCCUGCACCUCACCCAAAGAAGCCAGAACAAGGAUAGGGUGUCCCACCUUCACCCUCUAAGGCCCAGCAUCACGCAUAGAUUUUGUGCUCAUUCUCAGCACACAGUUGAAUGUCAUCAUACAAACAGGCUCUGCUCCCUGAGCUUGGAGAACUUCCAUGUCUCCACAAGUAAAUUGUCUCUAAUAUAACCAUGUAUCAGUUCUCCACAGUAUGGUAUAAAUGAACUUGACAGCUGCAGCUCCUUGCACCAGUGAAAAUUAUAUGCAGCUUGCUCACGGCAGAACCUCACUCCUGGCUAAAGGAGUAGCACUGAGGUUGGCAUGGUCAGUUGCUCAGUGGAAACUGGAGGCAGAGCUUGGGAGUGGAUGGGAGGUUAGCUUACAAAUAGGUAUUGUGAAUAUUCUGCAGGGGAGCUACUCUGUUUCUUCUCAAGCUCUGGCCAAAAGUGAAGUGAGUCAAAGCUGCUUUUUCCACAUUGGUAACCAUUAGUCCCCAGACAGCCAGGUCAAAGCAGUUGAGAGGUGGCAAGCUGUUACUGCAUCCACUCUCUGCCCUCAACCAUCAGUAAAAUGUGUAUUAAAGAAGUGGUGGCCCUUCCCCCCAGAAAAGAACAAGAUGUCUGUCAUUGGCAGUUCUGUUUUGGCAAAGGCACUUCCAUAAGGGAAUGAGGAGGAAUCUCUCCCAGUGGGCAAUAAAGAACCUCCAACUGUGUGGUUUCAGGCCUGUGUGAAGUUGGCUUUUUAAACCCAUCAGUAAUUUGAGUUCUGGCGCUUCUUCGGACUGCCUUGAGGCUGUUCCAAAGCCAGCAAUGCAUGCUGCUCCCUUCGCCAGGCUCCUUUGCGAAGUCUUGUGUCCUUCACUCAGGGCUCUGGUUUUCUACAGGCUGGCCAACAGAGGGCGGACUAGGAAGCACACUAGAGUGAGUGUAGACCUCUGACGGUGCAAAAAAACCCUGGUUAGCCUGCAGGCUAGCUUUUAUGAGCAGAUACUUGCUGUGUACCCAGUAGCCUCCAGCUCAUCCUGAUUUUAAUCUGAUUUUAUUUUUGAUGCACUGAACCUCGAUAUCGAAUCCCCCUUCAAGACAAGCAUGCACCACCAUGCUACUUGCUUCCCUGCUGCAGGGUGAAUACCCAGGGAUUAUGUUGGGAAUGGGGGUAAGGAAGGUCUUGCUGAAGGGAAUGUUUAUGUACAUGAAUUGCACAGUGUAUUGUUAUUAGGCUGUGUAUCAUUUUGUGUUGACUUCUCUGCUUUCAUUGUCUCUAUUACCAAUACAGCCCCUUUAGUUCACAA